AUGUAUCAAUAUUGUGCUCUGAUGUUUGUUGUUCUGAAUCAUAUGAAUGCACUAUGUGACAAGAUUUAUAGUGGAAAGACCUGCAUGAACUGCUCUUGUGAUAAGAAGAGCUGUAUUGAUUUUCUGAAGAACUUAAUCUCUGUGGUUAUUAAACUUCUGAAGAUCAUUAAGGUCUUCAACAAUACAGCUAAUAAGAUGAUCAAAAAGAGUCAUCUUAGUACUGCAGUCUGCAUUAUGGGCAUGCUGGAGGAUGAACUUGAAAGAAAAGCUGAAAUAUCUCUCAUCUCUGAUAUUGAGCAAGAUCUGAUCUUUAGUGUUAGUGCUCUGAGUCUUUUUAAUCUGACAAUGUUCAAGAAACUUAUUGAGCUCAAUGAAAUGAUUGUGAAUCAGCUCAUGAUGCUGAACACACAAGUUGCUGUAAGUAAAUAUAUCAAGUAA